AUAUAUGUGAAUUGCCAUCAAAAGAUAGGAAACAGGAAGAUUUCUUCUAACCCAGUCAAAGAGAAAAGGUAAAUAGAAAGAGAGAAGAGAUGUCUCGCAGCAUCUCAUACAUAACAGGUUCUCAGCUUCUUACCCUCAAGCGCAGGCCGAAUAUUGCCAUUAUCGAUGUGAGGGACGAUGAGAGGAGUAAUGACGGGCAUAUAGCUGGAUCACUGCACUACGCGAGUGACACCUUCUCUGACAGGAUCUCUGAUCUCAUUCAACAAGUCAAAGGCAAAGAUACUCUUGUUUUUCAUUGCGCUUUGAGCCAGGUUCGUGGCCCAAGAUGUGCUCGGAGGUUUGCUAAUUAUCUCGAGGAGAUGAAAGAAGAUGCAGGAAUAAAAGACAUUAUGGUUUUGGAACGCGGCUUCAAUGGCUGGGAAGCAGCUGGUAGACCUGUUUGUCGCUGCACUGAUAACCCAUGUAAGGCUGCGAGUGAUCAGUAAUUAGUAAAAACACAUCCUUAAAUGGAAGAAUAAUUCUAUAAGCAUAUUAUUAAUAUGGUUAGCAUCUAUGCCAACUUGCUGCAGUGCCUUUUGGUUAUGUAACAAAGAAACUGUAAUUCUCUUCUACAUAUUGUGUUAUAGAAUUAUAUAUUACUAUGAAUGGUAAAGUAACAAUGCUUGAAUUGGAA